UUGUCACUUUCCCCCCUGAUAAUUAAAUAAAAAAAAUGUACAGUAUAUGAAAAGCAUCUUCCUAAGUAGAAUCAUUGGGGUUACCUCUUAAGAAAAGAUCUGCUGUGCUAUAGGCCAGGACCAUGAAUACUGGCACUGGCACUAUAGGAAAUUUAAAAUCAUCCUACAAGGUCAUGUCAGAGUCACCGGAGAUCACUUAAUGAAACCCAAAAUGGCCGGCAGAAGAGAUACUGUAUUUAUAAACCCUUAAAGCCUUUCCAAGCUUUCAUUUGGCAUUACAAGUGACUGGCAACAGAGUUUCAACAAAUUAUUUAUUUGCCUGCUGGCACCCUACUGACCACUACAAUCCAGAACUGUUAAUUAAUAUGAUCCCUGACCCAAGAUGAAAUAGAGAACAGGAAAGUCUGGACAAAAAGGAAAGGACCUGGAGCAACCAAAUGAUUCUGCUCAGAAAGGAGCUUUUGCACACACAGGGCACUCGGUCUGGUGGCCGAGUUGUCAAGUUAAUUAACUUGUUUGCCAAGGUAAGAAUGUUCAACAAAUGAAAGAUGAAAAGCAAAAUACAGUAGUUUUACUGGUAAAGUUACCUGGAAGGCAUAGUGGUGCUGAAGCAGAAGGGUGUAGAUACUGUAAAUGACACUUGAUAAGAGAAAACGACGGAAAGCACUGGCACCACAGGUACCAGAAGUUCUACAUGAUGGGCUUCCUAAUGCCAUAUUGGCAUUACAGGCAUGGAAUUUUUGGGAUGUAGUGCUUGAUGAAGACUCGAUAGGUCCUCAAGAAACCCCUUGUUCGUAUCUCUAAUCAUGACAUGGCUGAGAAAAUGGCUGUUAUGUACUGCAGCUUAUUUAUGCAAGUCACGAGCUCAGAGGUUUAAAUUGGGCUUAUUAAACUUGCCAAACCUACAGAAUACUGUAAUCAAGAAAUGUGAUCCUUUGGGCAGGGAAGCAUAGAUAUAGAAAUCUAUCAACUAUCUAAAACUAGGGAAAACUAUCAGAAACACUAUGAUAUAGCUAAUUUGUAAUGACAAAAAGAAGCCACAGGACACAGAGGAUAUGCACCCUUGAAUGCAUGACCUACGCUUUGAUCACACUGUAACCUCACUGGAAGGAAUUUGUCUUAUUGUUGAUAAUUAGGAUAAAGACAAGUGAAUUUUCUCAGUCACAGACAACAAAGUUUUUCUGAUAUAACAACAAAGAAUUUCCUUAUAAAAAGAGGAAUGUGUAAGCAAAGUUAAGAAUAGAGUAAGCCAGGAAAGGAAAGUAGCUCUCUUCCUAAGCCAACUUGACAGUUAACCACCCUUGAAAUACUGUGUUCAUUUGUUCACAGUAAAUGUUUUGAAUUAGUAGCUUAGUAUUUCUUGUUUGAAAACUAUUCAUUAUUCAUAUUAUCUUUGUUAAUGUGAUAAUUAAUUUUGCUUUACCAAGGUAAGUUCAUCAGAUGUAAGUAAUCAUUUCAAGAUUGCUUACUCUUCUUAUGUAUGCUCUAUCAUAUGUAUACUCUAGUUUUAAAUAUUUCAUUGAGUUAUCUGCAUGAAGAAAUUUCACUUGAAUAUCAUAAUUUCCAAUGGCUCAUUGAAAAAUUUGAUUGGUGACUAGAUUUUUGACAUCUUUGACAGAUGAUAUUUCAUAGUGAUUCUCGUAUCAUCUGUGGGCUGCUGAAGAGCCAUGUCAAUGGUAGUGAGGGUGAUGUCAUCAUGGGCAAGGGACUAGAUAUACAUGCCGUACAUAAUAAAGGCUGCACCAAGAAAUGGAAGACUUCUACUCUUGGAUGUGCCCCAGUGAGGAAGAACACACCAUGCGUAAGCGAGUUGUCGAGAGAAUUGAGCAGAUCAUUGUUGACCUGUGGCCUCAAGCAAGAGUGGAAAUAUUUGGUAGCUUUCGUACCGGCCUCUACUUGCCCACCAGUGACAUUGAUCUGGUAGUCAUAGGGAAGUGGGAUGCCUUACCUUUACGGACAUUAGAGAAAGCUCUACUUGACAACAAGAUAGCUGAACCCUCCUCGCUCAAAGUCUUAGACAGAGCAUCAGUGCCAAUUGUGAAACUAACGGACAGUGAAACGGACGUUAAGGUGGACAUUUCUUUCAACAUGAGCAGUGGUGUAAAUUCUGCACGUCUAAUAAAAGAAUUUAAGCACCGCUUUCCUGCCCUGCCCAAGCUAGUCAUGGUGCUCAAGCAGUUUCUCCUCCAGAGGGACUUGAACGAGGUGUUCACGGGUGGAAUAUCCUCAUAUUCCCUCAUCCUCAUGACUGUCAGUUUUCUACAGUUACAUCAGCGGCUAGAUGCAUCACAGCCCAAUGCUAACCUUGGAGUCUUGCUGAUAGAGUUUUUUGAGCUUUAUGGCAGACACUUCAACUACUUGAAGACUGGCAUCAGAAUCAAGGAUGGUGGAGCUUAUAUCUCAAAGGAUGAGGUGCAGAGAGACAUGCCGGAGGGUCAUCGACCGUCCGUCUUGUGUAUAGAAGAUCCCCUCAUACCUGGCAAUGAUAUUGGACGAUCUUCAUACGGCGUCUUGCAAGUUAAACAGGCAUUUGAAUAUGCAUAUAUUGUUUUAUCUCAGGCUGUGAACCCUCUUAACAACAUAAUAAAUGAUCCAAACCACUACUCCAUACUUGGCCGAAUCUUGCGGAUAACGGACGAUGUAAUUUUGUACCGGCAUUGGAUUCGGAAAACGUUUCCUGUGUCUGGAUCCAUAGCCCCCAGCACCACUCAUCAUCUGACCCCUACACAUCCAGCCACACCGCCCACUCCUCCAGUUGCGUUCCACACUCAAAAUCAUCUUCAGGUCACAUCUGAUAACCAGUACAACAGCAACAAAAACAAUAACAACAAUAACGAUAAUACGCAUAAUAAAUCCAGUGUAGCAGAUGACGAUACGUUGUCGUCCGAAGCGUCCGAGCCGCAUUCCACUCCUCCUUCCUCCGUCUCGUCUGUUAGUGAUGACACUGAUUCUGACCAGGCUGUGGACAUGAGUGAGGGUAGCAGAGACAGCUCGCCAAACAUCCACCAACAUCAUCAACUCCACCACCUCAGUGCCACACCUAGCAAGUCCACUUUAAGUAACUUGACUGGCAUAAACUGUAACAACAUUGGGAAACAUCAUACCUUGCCAGGAAGCAGCACAAUGCAGCGUGUUCCCAGUACUGGGUCAGAAGUGCGAACUACAUCAAACUUGGCAGAUGUUACUAGCACAAGCAAACAGCCUCAUAGUCAGUCACGUAAUGAAUACCCAGUGCCACAGGCAUGGCUUCCACACCAACAAGGUGGAGGAUCCCCUGUGCAACACAACAGCAGCCCUGCCAAGCCCUGGCCAAAACACAGAAGAUACUCUCAGUCAUCUCAAGGCUCUUCAGCUGGCAUUGGGGAAAUUCGUAAUGUUAAAGGUAGCAGUGGAAUCAAGUACAUUGGAGAAAAUGCCCCAAAUGGAAAUGGUAAUAGUGUUCACAUUAGUAGUACUGGACCUGUUAGUGGAGGCAGUAAUCAGAUGAGAUAUCACCGUGUUACUUAUAAUAAGCGAAAGAAGUCUGCGCGACGAGAUGCCGAUGGCAGAAGCGAGACACGAGACACUCACCGGUGAUUGAAGGAGGAUACCGAGAUUCUUCCUGCAAGUGGUGAUAUGUUUUCUAAGCGCUCUGAUGACCGGACAGAGUUGCAUAAUUCCCACCUUUGAUGGUGGACGGUCAGGUGACUGUGAUGUUGACCGUGCCCCGAGAGGUGCAGGUCAAACCCUCUUCCGUGUUUCUGUGAAUAUCUUUGUGCAGCUCUUGUUCUGCCAAGGAGUGGAAAAAAUAUACAGUACAGACAAUGGUGUUAAGGCAGCCCUUCAUUCUCCAAAUCAUUGCAUUAGAACUGCAUGUUAUGUGCGAACAGUGUCUUGCGUAGUGACAGACUUCGAGUGAAUUGGGUGUCUUCUUCCACAAACAAUAAAGAUUUUAGUAGACCAAUAUCCUUAGAGCUCAUUUUUAAGAGUUUUAUUUAUAUUCUUUAAGCUCAACUUGGCUGUUUUGGUGGCUGAUUCAAGUCAUCCAAGUCAUUUCAAAUAAAUGUUUUAUAUGAGUUUAACUUUUGAGAUUGUAAAUUCAAUCUCUGUGAGUCAUUUUAAGCUCUUGGGAGUCACAUGACACCCCAAGGGAGUGUUAUUGGGUGGAUGAUAUCUCUGGCCUAUGCAAAAAAAUAUAAAAGGAAAAAGAAAAAAAAAGGAAAAAAAAAAAGAAAAAAGUCCAAACUAGUAGUGAAGGAGGGAAGGUUCCCAGUGUGUGUGCAUAUGUGCUUGUGAGUGUAUUUGUGCUAGUGUGUAUACAUGAAUGUGCAAUAGUGCAUAUGUUUACAUGCAUACAUACUUUGUGUAUGUGAAAAGCAUGUCGAAUAUGUGUUUUAAGGUUCAUGUAUUAGAGGAGAAUGUUGGCCCCUGUGUGGGCCCUAGUGUGUGUGUGUGUGUGUAUGGGCAUGUAUAUCUGCAUAUAUGCAGAUGAAAUACAUGUUUUGAAAUGAAAUGAAAUACAAAUUGAAAUACAUGUGAUGGUGGGGAUGGUAGGCAGACUGAAUGUUUAAGGGUGAGAGGGGUUAUGACUUAUUUUUGGGAAUCCCUGUUGGACCAAAAUCUUGUUGAGUGAAAUAAAAUAGUUAUAUUAAUGGAUAUUGUUGUGCAUCUUGAUAAUUUGUUGUUUUCCAACUCAUGACAAUUGACUGAGGCCACUCACUGCCCACAAAGUUAACCUGCACGAUGGCUGUAAUAAAACUACCAGUUGUGGAUCAUUGGUUCAGUGCCACUGUGAGGCAUAAUUACACGUCGGCCAAGUGGGAUUGGUUUGUGACUAAAUAUUUUCCUAGAUUGUGAUUUGCUGUGCCAAGAAACUACUUUUGCCGAAGAAAGGUGUACUGUACAGAGGAGUUAAUCCAAAAAUCAUCUAAGUCAUGAAUAGAAGUCCAUAUCAUUUAUGUUCUAAUAAAUAAAUUAAUGUUCUAAUUCAGUAAUAGAAUAUUUUCCUAUGUGAAUGACAGUGUAGUUGUACCAUAGUUAUUUAUUGUAUUAAUUAUCAAUGCAUUUGAAAAAUACAUAGGUUGUACAUGACUGUGUAUUUGCAUAAAUUGAUUGCUAUUUCUAUAUUUAGUUGAACAUGGAGCAGCUGUAUGCAACUGAAAGUUAAGCCUCUCCAAUGUUUUUCUAAGAUUUGAACAUUUUGAUGAAAUCCUAGUGUGAUAUUUGUUUGUGUUGAUGCUUGUACCAGUGUCAGUGUAGCCCAGUUUCCAGCAGGUGCAAUUGUGCUAAGAUUGAUCAUACAUUGUAAUGGCAGGUUUAAGUCAUCAUGGUGUAAAGUGCAUUUUGGACAACUAUUGUGAAUACUUAAUGAUGUGAUGACUUGGGUUCCAUCUUAGAGGCCUGAGUAGUGAGGAUUGGUAAGGUAAUCAUUGUAAUCAUAAUGAUUACAAUGUGAUCAUUAUGGGUAACAAUACACAGAAGCAGCAUUGAAAAGUAACUUAUAAACAUGUGUUGUGAAUCUUGAUUGUUGGGUAGAGUUAGCAGUGACGAAUGUUGGGAAAGGUGAUAGCUGGACACUGUCAGCCAGAACCCCUGGGCCAGGUGGUCCCAUUUUUGUUUGCCACAUGAAAUUUUCUUGAUGGGCAGUCACUCUUGUAGCCAGUUACUGGGCUAAGCCACUCAACCUUGACUGGGAAGUUGCCACCUCACUACUAAGCAAAUGGUUGGAAAACAAUUUUUAUUUUGAUAUACUACUACAAACUUUACAACAUAUUAAUAAGUAUAUCUUGUGGUAUAGUGAGGUAAAUGUUUUGAUGAGUUACCUAUCAGCUCAGUUAAGUAAAUCAUGACAAAGUAUACCAUCCAUUGCAAUAAAGUCAGUUAUUGGUGAGAAUAUUGUAUACAGGCUAAUGAGAUUUUCAUAUGUUAUGUGUACCUUUCAUUACAUAAUGAUAACUGGUAGAUGAGAGUGCUUACUCAUCAGUUACACAUCAAAAUAAGUAAAUGAUUAUUGUGUUUGAGUAGAUGGAGAGUAUUAUGAGAAACACACUGGGCUAGCUGUCGGACAAGUGGUGAGAUUUUAGCUACCUGUAAUAACACAGGCUUGGAUGUAUUAUUAGGUUUCUCCAAGAAAUUAACAAAAAUGGUAGGAUUUCUGAUUUUUGUACAAAUAUUUGCAGUGUGAAUAUUGCCUUGGAAAAUUUCUUAUUAAAAAUUAAGGCAAAAAAAGCAAAUGUUG